AUGUUGAAAAUUAUUGAUUGGCAGACAGCUCACCUCAAUAAUCCCCUCAUCGAUCUGUGUCGUAUCACUCUCACCGCACUUUCCCCCGAUGAUUUUCAAAAGGAAUUGGAAAGCUUGUUGAAUUUGUACUACAAAACACUAAUUGAGCAUUCAAAAGGAGCUCUGAAAUUACCAUGGGAAAAUUUUGAGGAAAUGAAAACGGCUUUCGAACACGUGUUUCCCUUGAAAGUCGUUCUACUCGGCAGUCUUCUCGGAAUGGAAUUCUUUGUUGAAAAGAUCAUCUCUCCAUUGCCAGAAUCCGAAAAGCCAGCCGCUCGAGUCUCUUGCGAAGCGAAACUUCACUCGUACAUCCAUCAAGCUGCACGAUAUGCCGAAAAGUGGUAUUCAGAGUAUUUA